AUGUUGUUAACUGAAAACAUUGUGACUCUUCAGUUUGGUCGCACACCACUUCAUCAUGCUGCUGUGGGCGGUCACAACAAUGUAGCAGCUCUACUCAUUCAGCACGGAGCUGAUCCCUGCUGUGGAGACAAUGGUGGCUGUACACCACUUCAUUACGCUGCUCAGUGUGGUUAUAACAAUGUAGCAGCUCUGCUUUUGCAUCACGGAGCUGAUUCCUGCAGUAAGGCUUGGAAUGGUCACACACCUCUUCAUUACGCUGCUGAGGGUGGUCAAAGAGAUGUAGUAGCUCUGCUUUUGCAGUUUGGAGCUGAUCCCAGCACUGAGGACAGGGAUGGACGUACACCUCUUCAUUACGCUGUCAAGGGCGGCCACAGAAAUUUAACAGCUCUACUCAAUCAAGCCAGAACUGAAUCCUGCAGUAAAGACAAGACACAUGACGUUAUGGACAAACCACUGCCCUUGAUCACAAUGUGUGGUGACGGACGCAAGUUUACCAUCGACGAAGGAGCUAAAAAGGGCCUGCUGAACAUAGACAAACCGUUGUCCGUAGUCGUCAUCGUCAGCAAAUACCACACGGGCAAGUCCUAUCUGAUGAACAGGCUUUACGGCAAGAACUCUGGGUUCGACUUGGGCAGCACCGUCCAGUCUAAAACCAAGGGGAGCUGGAUCCGGGCCCGGCCCCACCCAAGGGAUAGUUACAUUAACACCGAGGGCCUCUAUGAUGUGAAAAACGGGGAUUCGUCUUAUGACAGUCAAUUCUUCCCUCUGGCAGUUCUUUUUUGCUUCGUCUACAACGAUCAAGGAACCACUGAAGGCGAUACCAUCAGAAAACUGCAGUAUCCUUUAAUACAUCUCAAAAUCGACCGAAGAGCAUGCAAUCCUAACGAGUACUUUGAGAGCGCCUUGCAAUUUAGAAAAGGCAAGAGCAGAACCAUUUUUGACUCCAACGCCAGGGAGUGUAUCCGGAAUCGUUUCCCCCAAAGAAAUUGCUUUGUCCUCCAAAAACCACUCGAAGAUGAGGUGUUGCUGCGUCUAUCUGUCUGUACUGACGCGGGUGGUUUAAAAGUGCAGGGAAAUCCGAUAAACGGCAGAAAGUACGCAUCCUUAGCAGAAACGUACGUGCAAGCCAUCAACUCUGGUGCCGUACCAUGUAUUGGUACCGCAGUGGGGACCAUGAUGCAGGUGGAGUGCCAGAGGGCCUUGGAGGAGAGUGUGAAACACUACAGAAUAACGAUGGAGAACAACACUGUACCGAACAUGCCCCUUUUUCUCCAUGAGUUAUCAAGCCUCCACGAGCAGGCCAAUGAGGAAGCCCUGUGUGUUUACAAGGGUAUAGCUGUAUUUGAAACUGAGGGGAUUUUUCAAACGAAAUUACAAGAGUCCCUGUUGUCACUCUAUACGCAAUUUGUGGAGCAGAACAAGAAAGUCUCAUGGGAUAAGUGUAGAAAGGAUUUGCAUAACGCGUAUGCCAAUAUUGCAAAGAAGGUCCAGGCUGGCCACUACACAGGCGCCCGGGGGUACGGGAAGUACCAAGCGGACUAUCAGAAGGUGAAAGAGAUAUACGCCAACACACAAUGGAAGGGUCCGUGUGGUGACGAGGAGAUGGCGCGGCUCAAUGGAGCCAAGAAAAGUGAGGGGAAGGCAAUUCUGGAAGCUGAUAAGGUGGGGGUUGAGCUAUUGAUUGUAUAG